GAUAUUGAACAAAAAACCACAUAAGUUGUUACCCAUUGAAUCAGGUUGAAGCCCUUUGAUUUGAGAGAGAGAGAGAGGGAGAGAGUGAAGGUUGUAUUUCAAAAAGAAGAGCUUAGAGCGCGUUGAAGCGCACACUCAACCCAACCAUGGAAGUUCCCAAGGAUCAAAUCGCUACUCUCCUCGAACAUGGCCUCUACAACUCCGCUCAGAUGCUCGGUUGUUUUCUUGUCUCUUCGCCUGCUGCAAAUGCUGAAUCUGCCCCACACCUCAAAACUGAGAGCUUGGUGCUUCUGGGUGAUUCUUUCUUCCGAGAAAGGGAGUAUCGUAGAGCCAUUCACACCUAUAAGCAAGCUUUGCAAUGCUACAAGAUGAUUCCAAAACAGAACAUGUCGUCUUCUCGGAGUUCGUUGGCUUCGAACCGGUCUUCAUCUCCAAAUUCUUGCAAUGGAUCGGUGAUCAAUGAGAAUGAGGUGAAGUUCAAAAUUGCAUCAUGUCACUGUUCUCUGAAUGAGAAUAAAGCAGCUCUAGUCGAGAUGGAAGCAAUUCCAAGCAAAGCUAGAAAUUUACCAAUGAAUUUGUUAUUAGGGAAGCUAUACAGAAUUUCUAGACAUAGCCGGGCUGCUGUUGCUAUUUACAAAGAAUGUCUAAGACAUUGUCCUUAUGUACUUGAUGCAAUCACAGCUUUAGCAGAACUGGGAUCUACUGCAAAGGACAUCAUUUCGUUGUUUCCACAGACUCUGAAUAGAAGUGGUAGAGCUCCAUUUGAUCACUCUGACUCAAGUCGUUGGCUUCUACGGUAUGUUGAAGCUCAAUGUUGUAUAGCUUCAAAUGAUUAUAAAGGUGGAUUGGAACUCUUUGCAGAUCUUUUACAGCGUUUUCCUAAUAAUACACACUUACUACUUGAGAUGGCUAAGGUUGAAGCUAUUAUUGGAAAGAAUGAAGAGGCCAUUAUGAAUUUUGAAAAGGCCCGGUCAAUUGAUCCAUACAUCAUAACAUAUAUGGAUGAGUAUGCAAUCCUUCUAAAGCUGAAGUCUGAGUAUCCAAAGCUGAACAAGUUAGUGCACGAUUUAUUGAAUGUUGAUCCUGGAAGACCAGAGGUUUUUGUAGCUUUGUCUGCUUUAUGGGAAAGGAAAGAUGAGAAAAAAGCAUUACAAUAUGCUGAGCAGAGUAUUCGGAUCGAUGAGAGGCAUGUAACAGGGCAUCUAAUCAAGGGAAAUUAUUUAUUGACCAUGAAACGGGCAGAAGCAGCUUUGUCUGCCUUCAGAGCAGCUCAAGAAUUGAGACCCGAUAUUCGUGCAUAUCAAGGUUUGGUUCAUACAUAUUUGACACUCUCUAAAAUCAAAGAGGCUUUAUAUGCAUCAAGAGAAGCAAUGAAAGCAAUGCCUCAGUCAGCCAAGGCUUUGAAAUUAGUAGGUGAUGUGCAUGCCAGUAGUUCUAGUGGCAGAGAAAAGGCAAAAAAGUUCUAUGAAUCUUCACUAAGGCUGGAACCUGGUUACCUUGGAGCUGCACUAGCUUUGGCAGAGCUCCAUGUCAUAGAGGGCCGAAAUGGAGAUGCCGUGUCUCUGCUUGAGCGAUAUCUUAAAGACUGGGCUGAUGAUUCUCUUCAUGUAAAACUUGCACAAGUUUUUGCAGAAACUAACAUGCCGCAAGAGGCUUUGUCACAUUAUCAAGCUGCAUUAAGGUUAAACCCUCAGAAUGAAGCAGCAAAACGGGGUUUGGAGCGUUUAGAGAAGCAAAUGAAGGGAGUGGAUCCUGAUGCACCUGAAGAAGAUGAAGAUAAUGAUGUUGAAGAUGCGGAUGGAGAUCAAGAUGAGACUGAACUUCUUUGAGUAUCAGUGUCCAAGGGAAGUCUGUUAUGAUGAGAACAGUGCCCUGGAAAUAGUUUAAUGUUGAGACAGCAUUAGCAGUAGGGGGUGAGACUUACCUUGGUGGCCUGCAGGCUGUUUGUCUUAACUACAACUGUUCACAUCAGAAAACAAAGCAUUUCACACUGUUGCAUCUGGUGAUCAUUGGUUAAACCCUGAGGCUGUAAAAAUAUGGAUUGGAUGGUGUAAUUUCCUGUCCAGGUUGUAAGGCCAAAGAUGUUUCAGCUGGAAGCUAAGCUUGUGUAAUCUCCAUUGUAAAUUUUUUUGUUCUUGAAUUUAAGUUUGUAAAAGUUGUGAUAAGUUUGGUAAAAAAUUUAGUUAAGUGAAAGCUCUAGACAGUCUUCAUUCACUUUCUGUAACUCCUGUAAAACAGUUGUCCAUUUAAUUGUUUUCAUCACGAGUCAAAAAUCUGAGAUUCUAUGUAAGCUUUGUAUUCCUUGUAGUCUAGCUAGGUGAAAGAGUAAAAAAUGUGUCACAACUCAAAUGAGUGGCCACAGAAGUUGGGCAACUUCAUCACUGCAAAGUAAAGAGUUGUUCAAAUUCAAUCUCUUUCACUUCAAUUUUUAUAUACUUGUCGGUUCCUAUUUUACUUUUGCAA